CCUUUUCCUCCCUGCCUGUCUUUGCCCCUCUGCCUUUCCCUCUCCCCAUCGCCCAUCCGGACGCACCCCCCUUCCACCUGCAUACACAUAGACACGCACACCGUGAGCGCGCGCCCCCUUUGUGCGCUUGGUUCCCGUCACGACUGCUGGAAUGGGCGGCCUCGAUCCCCUCACCCCCGCCUCGGAGGCCGCCACGAUCUCCGCCACCUCGGAAGGCGCCCAAUCGGCCUCGCUGGUCAGUCCCGACGCGGCGAGCGUCGAUGGCCCUCGCGCCACCGAAGCCGACGACACCGAGCCCGGCACCACCCACGGUGCAGCCGGAUCUGAUCUCGCCCAGGCCAUGUCCGCGGACUUUGACGACUGGCGCCAGGCGGCCAUCGCCCGCGUCAACACGGAUCCGGUGUCCAUGGCGCCGGAGAAGGUCGACAAACUUCGCCGCGAGAUCGGCCGCAAUUGGGACAAGUUCUACAUGCGCAAUCAGACAAACUUCUUCCGGGACCGGCAUUGGACGCGGCGCGAAUUCCACGAGCUCUAUUUGGCCACCCCCUGUCCCGUGCAUCAACGCACAGACUGCCCCGAUCCGGAGGCCCCGGUGGCCAAGCGCGCGCGGCACCACCCGGAUGCCGAUGAUGGUCCGGCCAUGGCCGAACCCACAGCUCCCGAACCUGCGGAGGUGGCCCAUGCUGCGCCUGACACCGAUGACCUGGCGACCGUGACCCCGGGCGAUCUGGAUGACCUGGGCCAUGCAUUUGACCCGGCUGCACAGCAUGCCCUUUUGCUGGAGGUUGGCUGUGGUGUCGGGAACUUCCUUUUCCCCAUGCUGUCGCUGAAUCCCCACCUCCGGGCGUAUGCCUGUGACAUUUCCCCCCGGGCGGUGAACUUUGUCCAGCAGCAUGCGGCCUUUCGGGCGGAUCGGGUGACGGCCUUUGUGGCCGAUGCCUCGCAGGCCGAGGAGCUGCCCAUCGGCCCGGAGGAAGCCGGCAAUCUGGCCCGCGCGUGCGAUACCAGCCCCCCGCCGCACCUGACCUGCCGGUGCGGCGACCUUGUGGGGGCCGGCUUCCGGCCGGAGGUGGAUGUGUCGCAGGCACGGCAGCGCGUCCAUGCCGCGGCCUGCCCGGGGCCACACUCGCCCGGGCCAGCCGGGGCCAUGCCCUUCGGCACCCUGGCGCGCCACCUCCAACCCGCUGACCGUGGUGCAGUGGACUUUUGCGUCCUGGUGUUUGUCCUGUCGGCCCUGCCGGUGGAGGCCAUGCCUGCAAUGCUGCGCAAUAUCCACCGGAUCCUGCGUCCGGGCAGUGGGACCCUUCUCUUCCGCGACUAUGCCCAGUAUGAUCAGGCGCAGCUUCGUUUCAAGCCAUCAAGCAAGGUGGACGACAACCUGUAUGCCCGGCAUGAUGGCACUCUGGCAUACUACUUCUCCCAGGAGCUCGUGCAGCGUCUGUUCACCGAAGCCGGCUUUGAGAUCCUCGAGCUGGAGGUCGUCCCACGGGAGUAUACCAACCGAAAGACCGGCAUGCUUUUCAAGCGCCUCUUCAUCCAGGCCAAGUUCCGGCGACCUCUCUGCUGCAAUGGCGGCCUUGAGGCCGACCAGACCGGCGAGGAGACCCUGCCAGCCGGGGAGGAAUAGACCCGCACGCCGCCCCGACUUGGCACAGGGCCCAAGGAUGUGGCGAGAGAUCCGAAA